CCCCCCCUCGCUCUCCAGCCGGCCGAGUGACCCUUCUAACCUCCAGAGGCUGUGUGGACUUGGAGCUGAAUGAUGAAGCUGCUACUUACUGUCCCUUUUCUCCUGCUGCUCUUAACCACCUUAGAAGCCAGACCAAAGCCUGCAGCGGUAAAAUGUAAGACUGGCCCCCUGGACAUGGUGUUUGUGAUCGACAGCUCACGCAGCGUGCGCCCCUUCGAGUUCGAGACCAUGCGGAGGUUCAUGAUCGACAUCAUCCACAACCUGGAGGUGGGGCCCAAUGCCACGCGGGUGGGGGUGAUCCAGUACUCCAGCCAGGUGCAGAACGUUUUCUCCCUCAAGACCUUCUUCAAGCGGGCUGACAUGGAAAAAGCCAUCAACAGCAUUGUGCCCCUGGCCCAGGGCACCAUGACGGGGCUCGCCAUCCAGUAUGCCAUGAACGUGGCCUUCACCGUCCAGGAGGGAGCGCGCCCGCUGCACAAGAAGAUCCCCCGGGUGGCUGUCAUCGUGACGGAUGGGCGGCCCCAGGACCGCGUGACAGAGGUGGCAGCCCAGGCCCGGGGUGCUGGCAUUGAGAUCUAUGCCGUGGGCGUCCAGCGGGCAGACAUGAACUCCUUGCGGGCCAUGGCCUCCCACCCGCUGGAGGAGCAUGUCUUCCUGGUGGAGUCUUUCGACCUUAUCCAGCAGUUCGGCAAACAGUUCCAAGACAAGCUGUGUGGUGUGGAUAUGUGCACAGAGAUGGACCAUGGCUGUCAGCACACCUGUGUCAGCAUCCCGGGCUCCUUCUAUUGUGAAUGUAACCCUGGAUACAAGCUCAACACAGAUGGAAAGACAUGUUCCCCCAUUGAUGCCUGUGCCGACGGGAAGCACGGCUGUGAGCACCAGUGUGUCAGCUCUCGUGGGUCCUACACUUGCCGCUGCCGGAUGGGUUAUGAGCUCAACCAGGACAAAAAGACCUGUACCAUGAUUAAUUACUGCAACUUUGGCAACCACAGCUGCCAGCACGAGUGCGUGAGCAUCCUGAACGGAUUCUACUGCCGCUGUCGUGACGGCUUCACUCUGCAGGCUGACGGCAAGGCAUGCCGAGCCACUGACUUUUGCAAUGGGAUAGAUCACGGCUGUGAGUUUAAAUGUGUCAGCACUGCUGGCUCUUACCACUGCAUUUGCCCAGAGGGACAGCAGCUCCAGGCAGAUGGGAAAACAUGCAACAAGUGCAAGAGCGGCCAUGUCGACCUGGUGCUGCUGAUCGACGGCUCUAAGAGCGUCCGGCCGCAGAACUUCGAGCUGGUGAAGCAGUUUGUGAACCAGAUUGUGGAUUUCCUGGAUGUGUCGCCCCACGGCACGCGGGUGGGGCUGGUCCAGUACUCCAGCCGCGUGCGCACCGAGUUCCCACUCAGCCAGUAUAGGACGGCAGCAGACAUCAAGAAGGCGGUGCUGAGGGUGGAGUAUAUGGAGAAGGGCACCAUGACCGGCCUGGCCCUCAAGCACAUGCUAGAGCACAGCUUCUCUGAGGCCGAAGGGGCCAGGCCCCUCUCCCAGAACAUUCCCAGAAUUGGGCUGGUCUUCACCGAUGGGCGCUCGCAGGAUGAUAUCUCCGAAUGGGCCCGGAAAGCAAAGGAGUCAGGGAUCACCAUGUUCGCCGUCGGGGUUGGAAAAGCUGUCGAGGAGGAGCUGAGACAAAUCGCCUCUGAGCCGGUGGAGCAGCAUUACUCCUACUCUGCGGAUUUUAGCACCAUGACUCAUAUCGUCGACAACCUCAAAGUUAACAUCUGCCCAGAGGAGGGCAAAGGGGAGAUGGAGAUCCGGAGCCCGUGUGAAUGUGAGGCCCUUGUGCAGUUCCAGUCAAAUACUGUGGCCAUCCUGGAAGACCUGACAGAGAAACUCGCUCAGAUGACAGCCAGACUCGAAGCCUUGGAAAACCAGAUCGCCAACAAGAAAUGAUCCCUGCAGAGGGCCCGGCGGCACCUGGACUUGGGGGGGCAGAACCGUUCCAUAGCUGCACGUCAUUGUUAUGACCUAGAGUAUUGUAAAGGGUCAUUGUUUGUUCUUGUAUCGCAAAAUUCUGACGGGGACUCAGAGGGUAAAAAACCUCGCUCUGAAAGUGAAUGGACAGGGCCUUCCAGGCUGUUCCAUUCUGCUGGACUAACAGGGUCAGGCUGAGGUGUGACGAACGGGUCAGUUUGGAGCUUCAGAGAGGAGACCUGAGAGGGACAAUCAGCAUCUUCCAGCCCACCUGCUGUUAACUGACAGUAGCUGGCCACCGGUUUCUCGAGUGAGGCCUAUGCGCACAGCUGAGAGCGUCCAUCCGGCCGCAAGAUUCUUUGCAAAGCAGGCAUUUCCACCCUGAAGGCUUCCAGUAGCUCAGUUCCUGCUUAGCUGUAACUUGACUGUGUGUAAGUGUGGGAAGGAAAUACAGCAGCUUCCAAUCUACUUUCUGCCCCUCACCCUAUGUGGGAAACUCCCUCCACUGCCCUGUGAAAUCAGAGCACUUGCAGCCACCUCAUUGUCUCUGAAGCUUUUUGCUUUAAUUGCACAGGAAUUUAAUUAUAUUUGAUUUCAGUUAGAGAGGGAAAAGAAAAAAACCCAGAAUAAAUCGUCAGACAGAA